AUGUCACUUAACAUAAAUGGAACACAGGUACCCCUCAAACUUGACAGCGGCUCAGACAUGAACCUCAUCAGCUUGUCACAGUGGAAUAAACUAAAAUACCAGCCACCAUCAGAACCUCCUAAGAUGAGCCUAAAAGCUUAUGGUGGAAUUGACAUACCUGUUGAAGGACAGGCAGAGCUCACAGUCACCUACAAAGGUAAACCAUACAAGACUGUAUUCAUGGUAACGCCAGACAACAAUAGAUGUAUCCUUGGUGUGGAGGAUUGUGAGAGACUGAACUUGGUUCGUAGAGUUUACGAAAUCAAUGUUGAUGAGAAAAAUUUGAACAGCCAGAAUUCUACAAAGCCAGAAGAUAUUCUAAGUGAAUAUCAAGAUGUAUUCACAGGGCUUGGAUGCUUGCCUGGUGAACAUACCAUAAAAGUGGACAAAGGAGUCACACCAGUCAUAGAAGCUUGUAGAAAAGUGCCAUUUGCUCUCCAUGAUCAACUUAAAGAAGAGUUGAACAGAAUGAAAUCACUUGGAGUGAUCACAGAGGUUACAGAACCUACUGAAUGGGUUAGUUCGAUGGUGAUUGUGCACAAGAAACAAGGGAAAUUGAGAAUAUGCCUAGAUCCUCGCAAUUUGAAUCUAGCAGUUCAGAUAGAACACUAUAAACUCCCAACUCGUGAAGAAGUGAUGUCGCAGUUUGCUGGUGCUAAAGUGUUUAGCAAGCUUGACGCCUCCUCAGGCUUUUGGCAAAUGAAGCUAGAUCAUGCCAGCUCAAUGCUGACAGCAUUCAACACACCAUUUGGGAGAUACUGUUAUCUCAGACUCCCAUUUGGUAUUUCAAGUGCGCCAGAAGUGUAUCAUCGAACCAUACAUCAACUCUUCGAGCACAUUAGAGGUGUAGACACCAGUAUGGAUGACAUGAUCAUCUUUGGUAAAGACACCAGAGAGCACAACGAGCGACUGAAAGCAGUACUUCAGCAGUGUAGAGACAGUGGUCUGAAAUUGAAUAGAGAGAAAUGUGAAGUGGGUAUCACAGAGCUUACCUUCCUGGGAGAUAGAAUUUCUGUUGAUGGACUCAAACCAGACCCUAACAAGGUGAAAGCCAUCAUGGAUCUUCAGAAACCCACAGAAAAGAAGGAACUGCAACGGUUCCUUGGGAUGGUUAAUUACCUUGGAAGGUACAUUCAAGACCUCUCAACAAAAUCAGCACCACUUAGGCAGCUGUUGGAAAAAGACAGUCAUUGGUCUUGGUCUCAUGAACAGGACAAAUCAUGGGAAGAACUUCGAAACCUCAUCUCACAAAGACCGGUUCUUCAAUUCUAUGAUACCAAGAAACCCAUCAAAGUGUCUACAGAUGCAUCAAAACAUGGACUUGGUGCCAUACUGCUGCAACAACAUGAAGAUGCAUGGAUGCCAGUAGCAUAUGCGUCAAGGGCGAUGACCACUGCAGAGACUCACUACGCACAGAUCGAGAAGGAAGCACUAGCAAUGUGUUUUGGAGCUGAACGGUUCCAUCAAUAUGUGUAUGGGAGAAAGUUUCUUGCAGAAACUGACCAUAAACCACUGAUUCCCAUCUUCAAGAAAGCUCUGAAUGACUGUCCUCCACGCAUUCAACGUUUCCGUCUUCGCAUGCAGAAAUAUGACAUGGAGGUAAUGUACACUCCUGGUCGAGAGAUGUAUGCAGCAGAUACCCUGUCAAGGAACUUUCCUAGUGAUCAGUCACCCACAAGUACAACUGAAGCAGAUGUACAAAUGUAUGUUGACAGUAUCUUGUCAACAGUGCAGGUGUCAACCGACAGAUUCGCACAGAUCAGAGCAGAAAGCAUCAUAGAUCCAGAAAUGACAGCUCUAAAAGCAAUCAUCUUGACAGGUUGGCCUAAUGAACAUUCACAGUGCCCAAGAAACCUGGAUGAUUUCUGGAAUUAUCGAGAUGAACUUUCAUGUAUUGACGGAGUAGUCUUCAAAGGCAACCGCAUCGUCGUGCCCAAAGGUAUGCGGAAACUGAUGUUGCAGAAAAUACAUGCAGGACAUCUGGGUCAAGAAAAAUGCAAGCAGAGAGCUAGAGAAGUUCUAUUCUGGCCUCGAAUGAAUCAUGACGUAGAUGUCAUGGUCAAUCUCCCACUGAAGAAAGAUCUCCUUCAGUCAAGUACACCUGAUCCAGAUCAAGUCAUCAAACACAAGCUGGUUUCGAAAGAGGAACAAAAGUACUACUUCGACCAGAAAGCAUCUCCUCUACCUCUACCCCAGUUAGAACCAGGUAGCAGUGUGAGAGUGUAUCGAGACACAAGUAAUGACUGGAAAACAAAAGGUAAAAUAGUGCAAAAGGUAGCACCAAGAUCCUACCUUGUGCAAACAGAGGGAGGUGGAAGACUGAGACGAAAUCGCCGUGAUCUCCUCCUUACUCCUCAUGACAACACACCUCGCAUUACAAAUAACCAGCCUGCAACAACAACAACUACAACUUGCUUGACAACUCCCGAAGCACAGCAGAGUGGUACUACAACACGAUCUGGCCGAGUCAUCAACAAGCCAUCUCGCCUGAUCGAAACCAAGUGA